AAUGCCACCACGCAAGAUCAAGAAGGACCCGGCUGUGGUUGCGAUGGCGGAUACUCUCGAGACGCGUGUCAAGGACUUACUCGAGGAGUAUAAGAAGAAGCUGCGGGAGGUCGCCCUUCAGACAGCAAAGGCUGAAUCCGACCGGAUCAUCGCCACAAUCAAGCCAAAAUACAGGGAUAUGCCGAUCAUGGAGUUUCUGGCAUCGCCACCGGAUGAUUUCUACAUUGAAUCCGGCGAGGAGGAGGAGGAAGGAGAAGCGGCGGUGGCGGUUAAGCAGGAGCUUCCUUCCGAGCCUGACAUGGAAAUCGACGACGCGGCGGCGGCGCAAAAGACGAGCAUUCCGAUUGGCCAGAACUCCGGCCGGAACACGGUGCAGGUCAAGCAGGAGCCUGAAAUCGACGACGAUGCGGCGCAUGAGACGAGCAUUCCGAUUGCUCCAUCUGGCCAGAACUCCGGCAGGAACACGGCGGCCGACGAGCACCGCCGCAACGAGAUCAUAACGCCAGCUGGACAAGUGCUCCCACUGCCAACACUUCAACCGGAAAAGCCAUUCCGUGCUCCACACGUUGACGAGGAAAUCGCCUUCUCGGUGAACGGAUCGCCACUGGUCUUGGCUGGAAGAACUACUGCUACUGCUGCUGGCAAGGAGAAUCGGAAGAAGUCGAAGAAAUCUGGUGCGGCGAGCAAGAAGGCAGCGGCAGCAGCCGGGCCUCUCCAGCCGGAAACUGAAAAUGCCGGGACGUCUGUAUAGGAAAAAUCCCCCGAUUUAAUUUUUCCCCCGCUUUAAUUUUUAUAAUGAUCUGUAAAUACUUGAUAUUUCAAUU